AUGUAUGGCGAUUGGCUUGAGUAUAGUGUGACCAAAGAUGCUGCACUUUGCUUGUAUUUUUAUCUUCUUAGACCUACCAUUAUGAGCCAAACUGGUAGGGACUCUUUCAUUAGUGAGGGAUUUCGUAGUUGGAAGAAGCCAGAACACUUUGAAAUUCAUGUUGGCCAGCCAAAUAGUGCUCAUAACCAAGCACAACAGAGUUGUGUGAAUUUAAUGAAUCAAAAGCAACAUAUUGAAGUGGCUCCCUCUAAGCAAUCAGAUCAAGUUCGGACUGAAUACCGAACUCGCUUGACUACAUCCAUUGUUUGCAUUAUAUUUCUUUUGCGUCAAGGGUUGGCAUUUCAUGGUCAUGAUGAAACUAAAGACUCAAAGAACCAAGCACCAGUGAUUCAAAAAGAUAUUGUGAAUGCUACAGAAAACAAAACCACAAAGGCUAUCAUUAGUGAUCUUGGAGAUGACAUCCUUUCAGUUUUGAUUAAUAAGUCUCAUGAUGUGUCAAUUAAAGAACAAAUGGCUAUUGCCAUACGUUAUGUACAUAAAAAGGGUCAUGUGCUUGAGUGGUUUCUUGGCAUUAUACAUGUUAGUGACACAACUGCAGUAUCACUUAAGAUGGCUCUUGAGUUAUUAUUUUCUAAGCAUGGAUUGAGUUUGUUAAGAUUAAGUGGACAAGGUUAUGACGGGGCAAGUAAUAUGCAAGGAGAAUUUAAUGGUUUGAAAAGUUUGAUUUUGAGGGAGAAUGAAUAUGCUUAUUAUGUUCACUGUUUUGCUCACCAACUUCAAUUGACAUUAGUGGCCAUUGCAAAAAAUCACAUUUCUGUUGCUUUGUUUUUCAGCUUGGUUACUAAUUUGAUAAAUGUUGUUGGAGGUUCAUGCAAGCGUCGAGACAUGCUUCAGGAGAGCCAAGUUAGUAAAUUUGUUGAAGCAGUACUAGAAAUUGGUGAAGUUAGCAAGGGAUGA